GUGACGGCCGCAGUUUGUGUCCGGAAAUGGUUGCCGUGCCCAGUUCUGGGCUCCUCAGUGCAAGAAAGACAAGGAGCUACUGAAGAGGGUUCGGCGGAGAGCACAAAGAUGAGGAAGGGUCUGGAGCAUCUUUCAUGUGAGGAGAGACUGUGGGAGCUGGGCCUGUUUAGUCUAGAGAAGACUGAGAGGGGACCUCAUUACUAAAUAACUUAAAGGUACAGCUGCGGGCCGACGGUGUAUGACCACGCACACCUCGGGCACGCCUGCUCCUAUGUUAGGUUUGAUAUAAUUCGAAGAAUAAUGACUAAGUUUUUUGGAAUUGAGGUUAUCAUGGUGAUGGGAAUCACAGACAUAGAUGACAAGAUAAUAAAAAGAUCCAAUGAGAUGAAUGUAUCGCCCAUAGCUCUUGCUCGUUUUUAUGAAGAAGACUUUAAACAAGAUAUGGCUGCCUUAAAGGUCCUCCCUCCUACAGUAUAUAUGAGGGUGACUGACAAUAUUCCUCAGAUAAUUUCCUUUAUAAAAACAAUAAUUGCUAAUGGACAAGCUUACACAACCUCUCAAGGCAAUGUUUAUUUUGAUGUUAAGUCCUGGGGAAAAAGAUAUGGAGUGUUAACUGCAAUUAAUCCUGAUACCCAAGAUGAAGCAGUUGAUUCUGAUAAACAACACGGUAAAGAUUUUGCCCUGUGGAAAGCUGCCAAGCCUCAAGAGCUAUCUUGGGAUUCUCCCUGGGGAAGAGGAAGACCUGGAUGGCACAUUGAGUGUUCCACAAUAUCAAGUGCAGUGUUUGGAAAGCAGCUGGACAUCCAUACUGGUGGAAUAGAUCUUGCAUUUCCUCAUCACGAAAAUGAAAUUGCACAGUGUGAGGUGUAUCAUCAGUGUGAGCAAUGGGGGAAUUACUUUUUGCAUUCUGGGCAUUUGCAUGUUAAAGGAAGUCAAGAAAAAAUGUCCAAGUCAUUAAAAAACUACAUAACAAUUAAGGAUUUCCUGAAGAAAUUUUCGUCAGAUCAAUUCAGGAUGUUUUGUUUGCGUGGCAGAUACAGCUCAGCCGUAGAAUUCAGUGACAAGAGCAUGGAUGAUGCAAAGAACCUUCUUCAGGCAACCUCCUCAUUUAUUACAGAUGCAAAUGCAUAUAUAAAAGGACAGCUGGUGUGUGACCCUGUUAGAGAAGACAUACUGUGGGAAAGGCUAGCCAACACAAAAGUAACCGUGAAGGCUGCGUUUGCAGAUGACUUUGACACCUCCAGGGCUGUUGCAGCAAUUAUGGACCUCAUUCACCAUGGCAACAGACAGCUUAAGGCUGUUACUAAGGAUGCUGGGUCUCCUAGAAGCUCUGUUGUGUAUGGAAGCAUUAUUUCCUAUGUAGAAGGUUUUUUCAAUGCCCUUGGGAUGUCCUUUGGAGAAAGACAGGUGGCUGUGGGAGGAGACAACUCUGCAGUGCUCUCUAAUGUCCUUGACGAGCUUGUGAGGUUCCGCACAAGGGUCCGUCACUAUGCGCUGGCUCUGCCAGAAGCAGCAGAUGCCGUGCCAAUGGAGGGGGCUCCAAGAGUUAAUGAACCCAAACAAGAGCAGAAGGAAAAGAGGAAGCAGUUAAUGCUGGAGAGAAAACCCCUCCUGGAGGCUUGUGACAGUCUUCGUGAAGACCUUGCUGCCUUUGGAAUCCAGCUAAAGGACAGAGCUGCUGUUUCAACCUGGGAAAUUGUGGAAGGAGGGCAGACAGAGCAGCAGACUGAGAAACAAAGCUGAUCCCUCAUCUUUGGACUUGUUUUUUAUUUCAGCUGCUUUGGCAACUGUUGUAAAUAUUAAUUCUUUCCAAAUAAAGUCUGUGGAAUAGAAUGGCUAACAACAAUAAUCUGAGCAAAACUGUUGGCACUGCCAUUGGGUAAAUAAAUACAGGCCUUGAAGCACACAUGGCAGAAGCAUCCAGAGUGCAGGGCAGCAAGGAAGCAGCUUGACUUACACCAACACUGGCAUAUUCUGCUGCAGAAAUGUUCCAGCUCCAAGUGCUCUGUGAUCUGCCUUUGCACCCUCUUCUGCUGAGCUGACACAGAAUUAAACAUAGCGAAGGAAGAGGCAAGAACUUAGGCCUGUCUUUGAGGGUGAAAACACUUAGUUUUGUGCCUGUUGGUUCAACAAUUCUGUUCCUCUCAGACAGAGAAGUGGGGGACACUUUUAGCCUUGAAGUAUUUCCUUAUUGCAGUGGUGCUGGUUUGGUCCUGUGAGACCUUUACCUGUAAUAUGGAGGUAUAGUUUGCUUUUGCACAGAAUACACUGAGAUUUCUCUAGCACUGGGAAUGCAGCACACUCAGGAUCUCUCCAUCAUAAUUGGGAAGAUAAAAUUAGGAUGCUUAGCUAUUACCUGUUCAGUUACCUUUGCUUUUGCCAUUGUUUGCAUUAAAAACAGUCCCUGGCUGCUGUGGCUGUAGACAGAGGUGCAGAGGCCUCUCUUACCUGUGAGGUGACCUGUGUUCUAGGGCCUGAGUUGAUAUGGGGCUGGUACUUACCUAGGGGCACACUUUCUUUAAAGUGCCCAUAGGCACUUUAAUUUAUGAAAAGAUAAAAACCAAGCAGAACAUGGCUUCAUCUACAGGGCACUUCUGUGCAUUGUACUUUCAAAUUGUCUGUUCCAAAGGAUAAAGGCUUUCUUUUCUACUGUUGGGAAUAAAAUAUGUAGCUAUU